GAAUAACGUGAAAGUUGGAUAUAAAUACUUAGAAUUGAAUAGGGGUUUUAAACAGAUAAGAACCCAAACAUGGCUGUUGGUAUUAUUUUCAUCGUUGGACUUAUUAAUUUAUCUUCUUUUCAUGUUGUCAAUAGUCGCCUGUCUCAAACAGAAGCAACGCGGCUCAAUAAUUUCAUGAGCGAAGUUAUGAGAUGUGCGCGAUUACCUGCAGCCAGCGUAGCACUUGUUUCAAACGGAGAAGUCGCUUAUACCAAUGGAUACGGAACUGCCAACCAACCGGACGGAUUACAAGCUGGAAGGGAAACAGCUUUUUGUCUUGGGUCUGGAACUCAAACAUUCACGGCCACUCUUCUUGCUAAAUUAUUAUCAAACAAUAAAAAUUACACAUGGGAUACACCAAUAUCGAAAAUACUGGGCAGCUGGGUGAUGUUUUACGACAAUCAUAGAACAAAAAAUUUAAACUUAAAGGAUAUUUUAGCAAUGAGAACUGGUUUUAGUAACAUGGAUAUGGUGCCACUAUCCAGGGCUAUGGGACGAUACAGACUUAUAUCCAAUCUUAAAUAUGCACCGGAAAUUGCUAAAUUUCGAGAGAAAUAUUUACAGAGCGACAUCAUGUUUGUUUUGGUGGAAGAAGUUAUACGAGAACUUGGAAGUGAUACCUGGGAAAAACUACUGAAACGUCAUAUCCUUGACCCCAUUGGAAUCACCCGACCUAUGUUCUUAAAUGUGGAAGAAAGGCAGACAAAUAAUUUUGCGGGACCAGUCCUGAGUUAUAAUGGCAACCCUUAUGCCAUUCCAUUUACAUCUUUGAAAGGGUUUGAUGUCAUCAGCGCAGGAUCGGCACUUUGUCUAUCUGCAGACGAUAUGGCCAAAUGGUUGUUGUUUAACUUAGAACUGGGUAAGAAUACAGAUAAACGCCAGGUAUUAGGGACAGCAGCUCUGGAACAACUAUUUGAACCCUGGAUGUUCAGGACUGAAGACGCUGGGCCGAGAUCUCGUGGGUUUGAGCAACCAAACAUACAAGUUUCUUAUAGUCGUGAUUCAAACACUCUUGGGUGGAUUAAAGGACAUUAUAGGGGUUACCCAACCUAUACCCAGGGUGGAAAUUUACCAGGCUAUGAGAGUUUAUAUUCUAUUAUUCCUGGUAGAGCUGUAGGUGUUCACGCUGCUUUUGUUGGUGAUAACAGCCAUAAAGCUUAUGCCGCUAUAUCUCUUAUCAAUAUAUUUGGCUUGGAUAUGUUGCUACAUGGUGCGCCUUGGUUUGACACCAACAAUGUCUGUAAGAUUAUGGAAGAUAUGACAGCUCACCUGUCUAAGUUAGAAGCCAAAAAGUCGUCAAAUCCUGUUCACAAGGCACCCGAUGCACAAAGGGAAUUGGACGCUUAUGCUGGGGAUUUUAGGCAUUUAGCAUUCGGGGAUAUAAAGGUUGUCAAAAACGAAUCAGAGUACCUUCAUCUGAAAUAUGGAUCAGUUGCAGACUAUAUCAUGCGCCCUACCUAUACUCCCGAUGUUUUUAUUCUGGAAGCAACACCGGGACCUUUAUGGUACUCAACCCACACGGACUUUUAUCAACAGAAAGGGCCAUAUCUAGCUUAUUUUAACGUCUCAGAAGCCGAUGACGUCAUUGAUAGUGUUCGAAUUCCACAUUUUGAUCGCUAUAUGCAUCCAGUUUUCAGCCGGAGAGUCAAAAUACCUGAACCAGAGCCAGAUGAGGUAAUUUGUGAUUCUGGUAGCAGCAUUAAUACCGUUAGUGUCUUGUCCGUAACAUUUAUAUUAAUAUUGAUUGUCAGUUGAUAUUAAUAAAAACAAAAGUGCGUUUUUA